GGAAGAAGAAGAAGAAGGAGAACGCUCUAACACUGUUCUCCUCGUCCCCUUUUGGAACCAUCAUGCCUGACGAGGAGAACCCAGCAGAAUCUGAGCGCGCAGCGGAGCUUACCGAGCUCUGCUACUUUACGCUCUUCUUCCUGUGCCUAGGAACUCUGGCGCUGUCCUGCUACGCCUUCUACCUGUACAACGCCGUGCCUGCAGUGUCCGCGCAGUCCGAGGUGUACUUCGACGCGCCCAACACGCAGUGGAAGCUUUACACCAUCACCGUGGACACCCAGGGGCCCGUGCACAUUGUCGACGACAAGUUUGUCUCCUUCAACUUAGACUCUGCCGUCUUUUCCCGGAGAUGGGACUGGGAGGAGCUGAACCUCGAAGCCAAAGAACUGGUGACUAUAUGCCGACCUCUUGCUCCUGCUGUGCUUCGUGUAGGCGGACAGACCAGCAAUUACAUCCUGUUCACCGAAAAGAACCGCACCAGCCCUUCCGGGGCACAGGACUGGAAAGAAAACCUUGGCCUUGACCGUGGCAAUAAGGUCGUCAUGGUAUAUGGCGACGACUGGAUUAAACUGAACAAAUUCGUAACCGACGUCGGAUUCGAUCUGCUGUUCAGUCUGAAUGGGCUGAACAGAAAGAGCGGCGGGUGGGACACUUCGAACGCUGUGCGCCUGCUUCGUUUUACAGAUUCCAUGAAGUAUUCGGUACACUGGCAGCUCGGGAGCGAACUCGAGAAAAGCGGCUUGGUGCGACCGGACGAACUGGCACGGGAUUACAGCGCCCUUCGGCACCUUCUACUCUUCUGGCCGACAAACAGCAAGCUCGUUGGUCCCGACAUAAAAGAUACUUCGUUCGAAGCGCUUGCAUUUCUUGAUAGUUUCCUGGAAGAAGGACAUACCAGCCUAGACGCUAUAACGUUCCACCACUUCUACCUUAACGACCAGUACGGUACGCCUCGUGACCUGCUCCAGGGAAACGUCUUGCGUGGCUUGAAGUCCAGCGUCCAGCGAGUAGCAGGGGUAUUGAAAAGGAACGCACUUCGGAAAUCUAUUUGGAUUACAGAAGAAGCCUCAGCAGCUGGAGAUGGGCUCCUUGCGGUUUCGGACUCCUACGCUUCGGCCCUCUUGUGGCUCGACACGUUGGGCAUGGCAGCCCGAUUGGGUGUAGAUAUUGUUAUCCGACAAGCGCUCCUCGGAAGCAGCAACCGACUUCUCACCAGUGACUUCCGGCCUUUGCCUGGCUACUGGGUGAGCCUUCUUCACAAGAAGCUCGUUGGACCUAGAGUGCUAGAGCUGAAAAUCGACCCAGAUGAUGAAGGUGUGAGAAUCUAUGCUCACUGUCUACGAGAUGGCGCUCUACGUCCUCACAAAGGCUCCGUUCUGCUGUUCGGCCUCAACGUCGGGAACACGACAGUAGAACUUCAUCCGAAGAACGUGGAGCUUCGAACAAACCGACGUUUGCACUACGUCCUUAGUCCAGCUGGUCGAGAGGGACUUCUGUCGGAAGACAUCACACUGAAUGGGCAACUUCUGCGCGUGGGCGAGGAACUUCGUUUCCCAGAUAUCAUGCCCGACGUUCGACUUCCAGACCACAAGAUCCUGCUCAGGCCUAAUACCAUGGGGUUCUUUGUGUUCGAGAACUUUCAGGCGCCAGCUUGCACUGCCACCUACUAGCUCUACAACUGCGAAGUAACGUUGCCGGUGUAUUAAACGCUGGUGCCGUCGUCUUGAGUGCCCACAACAAAGGGUUUACAAGCGUGAAGUACUGCGAAUUAC